UCAUCAAACAGUAGCUAAAGCUGUGUUGGCUUUGUGUUUUUGGUUUCUUCGUGAAAAGAUUUUGGAAACCGAAGAAAAGAGAGGUUUUUGUGGGGACAGUGCCUUUGAAGUUCAAAGCAUUGUUGAAGGAAUUAUCUUCUUUUUUUUUUUCCUAUUUUUUCCUUCUUUCUUUGAAAUUUUCUCUUUUUUUUUUUUUUUGCAAAAUUAAUGGCUGCUGAAGAGGUCAAUAAGCCUCCUACUCUUCCUUCUUACCCACAGUUGAUUCUUAAUGCCAUUGAAGCAUUGAACGACAAGAAUGGUUCAAACAAGACUUCAAUAUCCAAAUACAUUGAAUCCAAGUAUGGAGAUUUGCCUGUUGGCCAUACCUCCCUCCUUUCUCACCAUCUUAAUAGAAUGAAAGAAACUGGAGAGCUUAUUUUUUGGAAAAACAAUUACAUGAAAGCUGAUCCCAGUGCCCCACCAAGGCGUGGCCGUGGUAGGCCUCCGAAACCCAAGGUUCCUUUGUCGUCGGCUGUGGUUUUAAGCCCUGCAAGGCCUAGAGGCCGCCCUCCAAAGGACCCCAAUGCUCCCUCUAGAUCCCCAAAGCCUAAGGUGGCUUCUGGGACUGGGAAACCACGUGGAAGGCCGCGGAAGAUGGCGCGGCCGGAAGGAGGAAUAGGUGGGAGUUCCACAACUAUAAUGGCGGCCGCUGUUAGGCGUAGGGGACGUCCUCCUAAGGUGAAGGCUUCGGCAUUGACUGAAGUGAGUGUUGAACAUUAAGAUGAUUUUAACCUUGUAGCGGUUCUUACUGUUUACUUUGUGUUUCUGUGUGUAGAAUUGGCAUGCUGUUUGUUAUUUUGAUAAUUGUAUGUGUUUUAAAUGUUCUUGUAGAAUUUAAUGAUGUAGUUGUCCCUGAGUCUGUCAAAAUUCUCUUAUUAUUAUUUUUUAGAGGAUGAUUAGUGCAAGCGAGUUUAUUUAUGCUGUGAGUGUGCUUGAAUUUUGAAUGUAAUGCUUAUCUAUGCCAUGUGUUUUCUGGCCUAACAUUUGGUUUACUAUUCAACUAAGCUGUUUUUAUUUUGGCAUUAUCUCAUUAUGUUUUGAA